UUCGGUUCGCCCCAUUCUCCAGCUAUGCGCUUUUAUGCUGAGCGACAUAAAAUUUUGUAAACUGAGCCUGACGGACCCCGUUCGGUAGCGGAUAGCGCGUGGAACAGACAGUACGACAGCAUUCUUUCUUCCCGGCCACGGAACGAAACGGGACAGCACGAACAGCGGCAGGGUGACGAACGAAAAAGGGACGAAGGGACGAAGGGAAAUGGCGAUGAUGGCGAGACGUACACGACGGUCCCUGUUGUAACCCUUGAGGCGGUAGCGAGGUGCCUCAACACCAUGUUCUUUAUGCGUGUUUUAUGAAUGGCAGAGCCUGCCUGGCUCGGCAGCUGGGGUGCUCGGUGGGGAAGGAAGAAGCGAGAAAGAGAGCGAGAGAGAGACAAACAGAGAGAGAGAGAGAAAGAAGGAUGUUGUAGACGGGCAAAGGAGAAGCCUAAUGCCGUUUCACUUUCGGAGGUGCGGUCUCAGUAUGCAAUUUCGCGCUGAUCGGUGCGGUUCCGUGUCGCGUGCGGGUUUGGUUCGUCCUUAUGGUUUGGUGUGUGGUGUUGCGUUUGAUGUAGACAUGCAUAUAAAGUGUCAUUAGGCAGAUAACUAAUUUUAAACACAGAGUGUGUAUGGGUGAUGCUAAAUCGCGUUAAAGAGUACGCAGAAUCAGUUAAAAUCAACAAAACUGGAGCAGUGUUGAACAGUGGUGUUUAUCCUUCACGUGUUUAGCGUUUGAUCAUGAAAGGAAACAGUUAAAUGUUCAAAGAACAUUAAAUUGAAACAAUCGAUUCAUGUAACAUUGUGCAUCUUUGGUGGAACAAUCAGUUAGCUAAAAAAAAGGCCGUUAAAAAGAGCGUUUUGUCACAAUGGAUACCUCAGGAUUAUCGCCGCUGGCGGAUCUGGAUUCUAGUUCCGGUGGAUCGGAUGGCGUCGGCGGAUUCAACCAUGGGCAAACCAUUUAUAUGACCCAAGGAGUGUACCGUGACAACUCGAACCCGAUCAAGACGCUCUUUUUCUCGGAAAAGCUGCAAGAAUUCACUGACAAGGACUCGUACCACCUCCAGCACCACCAUGAGCGGAAGUUUCACGAGACGGGCUACAACCAGAUGAAGGCAGGACCACAAGGUCAGGUGCAUCACAACGGCGACCUAAUCUACUAUGCCAGUAAACCACUAAGUGAAGGCUCCCCGGGCAGUGUGCUGGUUAAUGGGAGCAGCAACAACACCAACGGUAGCAGCACGGGUAGCAGUAACAAUACUGGUGGAAAUCUGCUUGCCAACAACUCCGUCGUAACGAACGGUUUGCCAUCGUGUGGAGCGCUUCCAAGGACGGACAAUAACAACAGCUCCUAUCUGCAGUCGCUACAACCACCUCCACCUCAUCCUCAACCACCAGCAUCCGCAUCAUCGGGCGGUCAUCCACUCGGUUCCAGCAACGGACCGAUCGGUCCCGAUCUGGAGCGCAAAUGUUUCAGCUUCAGCCCGGAACAGAUCCAGUGUAUGUGUGAAGCCCUCCAGCAGGAAGGUGACCUGGAGAAGUUGGCCACCUUCUUGUGGAGCCUUUCGCCGAGCGACCUAAUCAGCGGCAAUGAAAGCUUACUCCGGGCACGUGCACUCGUCGCCUACCAUCGGGGCCUGUACCACGAGCUGUACGCCGUGCUAGAGUCACACUUCUUCUCGCCCAAGUACCAUGCCGAUCUGCAAGCGCUCUGGUUCAAGGCGCACUACCGCGAGGCGGAAAAGGUCCGGGGCCGACCGCUCGGCGCGGUGGACAAGUAUCGGUUGCGCAAGAAGUACCCGCUGCCGAAAACGAUCUGGGACGGGGAGGAGACGGUGUACUGCUUUAAGGAGAAGAGCCGAAACGCGCUGAAGGACUGCUACACCCGCAACCGUUACCCGACGCCGGACGAGAAGAAAACGCUGGCAAAGAAGACGGGCCUAACGCUGACGCAAGUGUCCAACUGGUUCAAGAACCGGCGGCAGCGGGACCGAACGCCUCAGAGCAGCCGACCUGAUCUGAUGAUGUCGGUGCUGCCGGUCACACCGGACCAGAUGGAUGGCAGCUAUCAGCGGCUGUUUAAUGUGCCCAAUUAUGGGCCUGCGCACGGUUAUCACGCAAAUGAUAUGUACGCGGUGCAGUAAGGGUGCGGUCGAGCACCGUUCCGUACACCGGAGGCGUUCGCGUGCGUCAGCACCCGUGGGAAGUAGUUUCGCGGCAUGCUGCAGAUUUUCGGGAGGAUCACUUUGUGAUCGGUUGUAAUCGGAGUUGCUGUCAACACUUUGCGUUCGCCUUGAUCGGUGAUGGGGUGUUCUGUAAAUAGCGAUUGGAGAAGGGUCGAUUCUGCAACGAUGGGCUUAAAGCGAAGCGCUCUAAAACUGCUGUAAAUAAUGAUUCGGAACAUUAUUUCGAGACAAACGUAAUGCCAGUGAAAUGUAAAUCGUAGCAUAGAAGGAUAGGAUGUAAGCCAACGUGUAUGAGAGGUCAAAGGAUUAUCUAAUUGUAAAGAAAGUAAUCUGAAUAAAUGGUCAAACGCUGU